GAACAUGAAGACAAUGAUGGCCAUGCUUCUCUACGAUUACGAGUUCUUCCUGAGAAUAUAAAAGAGGAGCUUAGAAAUUUGCGCAAAAGACAGAGUGGGGAGCAAAUUCUGGUUGAAACCAAAGAAGACGAUCAAGUCGAGGAAGGAUCCGGGAAAACCCUGGCGUUUGCUAUUCCUGUAAUUAUGGAUGUAUUGAAAUUAAAAAAGCUGAGUAAGUACAAGGAUGGCACGAAGUUAUUGGCAGUGGUCCUUGAACCAACCAGAGAAUUAGCAUCACAGACAUAUCGUCAGUUCCUCAAGUUCGGCCAGGGGCUCCCAAUUAAAGCCGCUCUAUUUGAAAAUGAGGAAGUUCCACAGAAUGUUGAUGUGCUUGUUUCUACUCCGAAUCGUCUCGCCCACCAUUUGCAAGACAUGCAGCUCAAGUUUUUGAGGUGGCUGAUUGUCGAUGAAAGCGACCGCUUGUUCGAGGUUGUUGAAGGUCAAGAGCGAUGUUUCAGGAACCAGCUCGCCAGCGUGUACAAGGCUUGCGAUGGGAAAUUCACUCGGAGAGCGUUUUUCAGUGCUACGUUUUCUUAUGAGGUGGAAGAGUGGUGUAAAGAGAAUUUGAACAAUGUUGCAAUGGUCUGCAUUGGUGAAAGAAAUGAGAAGAAGCAACUCGUACGCCAUGCGCCGAAACGGAAACACAUAGCGUUUGUGAAAAAGAAGAAGAAGAAGGCUCCUCCAAAUAGAAAAUAG